UGGAUCGCAUCAGUUCAGACGCAGCACGUCACUUGCCGGAUCUGCCGCCUUCUCUAGACGUUGCAGAGACGUUCUCCCUCUGAUAGACAUGGCGGCUGUGCCUCAGCUUUCCGCCCCUAGCGCCCCUAUUCGCUCGGCCGAUGGUAUCCUUAUUGGCGACCGGCUGUACUCUGAAGUCUACCUCACCAUCGACUGCUCCCUCAUCCCAGAGGAGCGGCUUUCGCCGACCCCGUCUAUGUCAGAUGGCCUGGAUUUGAAUUCCGAAACCGACCUACGUAUCCUAGGAUGUGAGCUAAUUCAAUCGGCCGGUAUUCUCCUUCGCCUUCCACAGGUGGCAUUGGCGACUGGUCAGGUGUUAUUCCACCGAUUCUUCUACUCCAAAUCCUUUGUCAAACACAGCUUUGAGAUUGUUGCCAUGGCAUGUAUCAAUCUCGCUUCCAAAAUUGAAGAAGCUCCCAGGCGAAUUAGAGAUGUUAUAAAUGUUUUUCAUCACUUACGGCAGCUAAGAACAAAAAGGACCCCAGUCCCCCUGAUACUUGAUCAGAGCUACAUAAAUACCAAAAACCAUGUAAUAAAAGCUGAAAGGAGGAUACUGAAGGAGUUGGGAUUUUGUGUUCAUGUGAAGCACCCACACAAGAUCAUUGUUAUGUAUCUGCAAGUUUUAGAAUGUGAACGCAAUCAGACCCUUGUUCAAACAGCCUGGAAUUACAUGAAUGAUUGCUUACGGACCAAUGUAUUUGUACGGUUUGAGGCAGAAACCAUUGCCUGUGCGUGUAUUUAUCUUGCUGCCAGAGCUUUGCAGUUACCCUUGCCAAAUAGACCACACUGGUUUUUACUUUUUGGAGCUACUGAAGAAAACAUUCAAGAUAUCUGUAUAACCACUUUAAGGCUCUACACCAGGAAAAAGCCGAACUAUGAAUUUUUGGAAAAAGAAGUAGAAAAAAGGAAAGUAGCCCUACAGGAAGCAAAAUUAAAAGCAAAAGGGCUGAAUCCCGAUGGAACUCCAGCUCUUUUAUCAAUAGGAGGAUUCUCUCCUGCAUCUAAACCAUCAUCUCCAAGAGAUGUGAAAACUGAAGACAAAUCCCCGAGUUCAGCAAAAAUUAAGCGGGAGAUUGAUGACAAGCAGUCUUCUAAGAGCCCCUACAACGGGUUGCGUAAAGAAAACAAAAGAAGCAGAAGUAUCAGUAGGUCAAGAUCACGGACAAAGUCUAGAUCCAGAUCUCAUUCUCCUCGGAGACAUUACAACAACAGAAGGAGUCGUUCCGGAACAUACAGCUCUAGGUCAAGAAGUAGAUCUCGCAGUCACAGCGAGAGCCCCCGGAGACAUCACAAUCAUGGCUCUCCCCACAUGAAACUCAAGCACCGAGUGGAAGACUUGCGAGGCAGACACGGCCACAAAAGGAAAAAAUCUAAUUCGCCAAGCAAACCCAGGGAGCACGUUGAGCUUGCUAAGAAGCACAGACACGAACAUGGACAUCACAGGGAGAGGAGGGAAAGAUCCCGAUCCUUUGAGAGAUCACACAAAAGCAAACAUCACAGCAGUAGCCACUCUGGGCAUGGCAGGCACAGGCGCUGAGCCAGUAGCCGGCUGACAGUGCAGAGGGAUAUAUAUAUAUGUUUGUCUAUGGACUUUAUAGGUAGGAUUUUGUAACCGUAAAAGUGAAAAUUUGAAUUUACACAACAUGGACAUUUAUGAGAUAUUCUGGGUUUAUUUUUUCUUUUAUCUUGCACAUUAUAUCUUGUCAGUAUGACAUUUCUACAGUACCUUGUCAGGAUGACUUCUUCUAGAGUUGUGUAUUAAACUAAACCGAUUCUCUCAACGGACUGCUGGAAAGAGGUAUUUUUUUAUAUGAACCAUUGCAGACAACACAUAUAUUUAAGAUUGUUUGGUUAUUUAAGUAUUUGUGUUAACUUUCUUACAUUGGUUUUAGUCUGCAUGUAAAUGAGCUGAUUUUUAUGAGGAAAUAAAUUAGAAAAGAGAAAA